GCAUAUGCACUCUUUGUUGGGGCUGUGGCCACACUGGCAAUAAAUAAGUAGGGAAGGAUGGGCACAAUAAUAUGAAAAUGUAGCUGAAGUGGUCGAACGCCAAUAUUACGUCUGCAAAUGCAAAAUACCUCACACACUGGUCACGUUUAUGGCUGCGUCACAAUACUUACAUCAAUUCAUCGAAUGUGCGAUGACGUAAUCAUUAGCCUAUACAAACCCGCGCGCAGCAACAUAUAUUUGGAGUUUGCAAAUUGAACAUUUGUGCAUUUAGGUGUAAAUUUGAUCAUUUUGUGUUCACCACAACAGUUAUACUGCCAGCAACGUGCACCUAAAAUGAGACGGACUGAAGAUUCUUGUGUUGGCAUUGAGAAGAAGAUGAUCAGGAGUGUCGAUAAAGCCGUCCAGCAUUCAGUGCAAGCCCUGAUAUCCAGCCCUGCUAGCACUCACAGUGAGCUAGAAAAAAGCUAUCCACCUUUACCAAACGUGCCAAUGCCAUCUUAUACCAGCAACGGUGAUGAUGCCGAUGAAGAAUCGUUUUCAGAGCCUUUGCCAUGGCUGUACGAAACAAGUCCAACAAGCACGGAUACCUCCACAACAGACGAGGACCCUGGAGUCACAAUAAAUCCUCCCAGGGUUACCGUUAAAAACAACACAGAGGGACAACAGAGAGACAGUGAGGAUGAAUCCCACUCUCCAGGUGUGUUCAACAUGAAAAUAAGCCAAGAGUUCAAAGAUUUCAACAUUGACAUCUCAGUGAAGAUCCAGAGAAUAGAUGGCAAUGGGACUCAGUGUUUGACGUCAGAGCAAUGCAGCAUCAUAAAGGACAUUACAGUAGAUAUUUUGAGACUGGCUACUGAGUCGUCCAGUAUUGAGUCCUACACUCAUCGAGAGAAAAUUGUAAGGCAGGCAAAAGUGGUCAAGGCCUUCUUCAGAAGAAUAUGGAAAGGCAUGAAAGAAAUCUUUACCAGCUGCCAUUUUCCCAACAAAAUAUAAAAGUUGGGCUAAAAUGAACUACUGUACAUUUGCUCUAUAUGUGCAACAAACAUCUUUGCCACAUAAAUAAAUAUUAUAAAGCAUCUA